UAUGCCCACUCUCCGCCACAGCCAAAAUUCCAACUCCGCAAACUGAAGAAGCAAAACCCUCAACUUAUCCCGCCGGCCUCCAUCUACGGCGGCGGCGGCAGCAGCAGAGGUACGGCAGCGGCGGCAGCAGCAGAGGUGCGGCAGCGGCGGCCUCGUGUUUGCACUGGCUCUCCCCUCCAUUUUAUUGAUCUGCUUCUCCGAGCCUCGCGACAUCGAAAUCUAGCAACAGCGAGUCAGCGACCAAACAUUCCCCAUCGCCUCCUGCUGCUGCCCGCGGGGUGUGACACCAUCCAGCACACGCAAUACUGCUCUUAGUGCUGAUUACUGAACUACUGUGGUGUAAUGGGAGAUCAGUAGAUCACGUCUGAAUAUUUACAUUGACUUCUGAGAGCAAGGUCCACAUAGCAGUGAAAGAAACUACAAAGAUAAAAACAGCUGUUGGAAAUUCAUAUCUUCGCUGUUCAGACUCUCGGUCCCACAUUGCAGCACUCACUAAUUUGAUCAUAGUAAAUUCACGCAAGAAAAUUUCCCUAGAUGACUCCACGCCCGCCUGGUGCUUUGCUUAGUCGCAAGAAUUGUCCAAAUGAGCCAUCGAUGGUACACAACCCUGUGAAUUUUUGCCACCCUCAGCUUCCUCAGCAUAUGCAAUUUGCACAACCGUCCUAUGCCAUGAAUAUCUCCGCCCAGCAAUUCCAACAGCAACCCCUAUACCCACCAAAUGUCCAGUACGUUGUUGUUCAACCACAAUAUGCUCAGUACUCUCUACCACCGCCGCCAUCGCGUCCACUUCCUCCCUUAGUUAUGACAUCAACGCCAAUGUCAGAUGUGGGCACUCCUCGUAUGGCAACUUGUCCAGACAGAAAUGACAAUGCUGAACAUGAGCGGACUGCUAGGCGAUUAGCAUGGACGGAAAACGAGGACAUAAGACUUAUAAACGCUUGGUUGACUAGCUCCAGGAUCAAGAAGCAAGACAUGUACUACUACUGGGCAAAUGUUGCGGCUGUAUUUAGCAGUACCACACCUAGAGAUCGGAGAAGGGAAGUGAAACACUUAAAGGGGCAUUGGCAUAAGAUAUCCAAGAAGAUUGCCCGCUUCGACAACUGCUGGUGCCAGGUCAAGGCAAAAUAUCCUAGUGCUGUGUCUGACACUAUGGAACUGAUGGACAAAACAUGGGCGAUGUUCAAUGAGGAAGCACGGGCGAUGUACCUUGAGGAAGAGAAACAUCGUUUUGCCUUUGACCAUUGCUGGAAAGCUCUCUGGGAGCAACCCAAGUGGAAAGCCUACAUCUCCUCGUUGUCCUCGAAAAGAAGCAAGCUGUCUGAGUCCGAGGACUGCACGUCAUCCUCUGAAGAUACUGUUGAUGCCCCUGAUAAAGAGAUUGAUGAACAUGGUUGCAACACAGUAAAGGAGAAAAAUGAAGGUAAAGGAAAGAUAGCAUCUUCAUGGGAGUUGAAAAAAAAUGUCCAAUGCUUAUCAGAUCUUCAGAACAUGCGAAAGAAGAAACGGGAGGAAAUGACAAGGUUACAACUUCUGCACUCAGACCAAAACCUUGAGCUUUCCAGAAUAGAACAGCUAGGAAGUAAGGGCAAUGAUGCGUUAAUUUUAGAGAAGCAGCCAGAAUUAUUGAUGGCUGGCGUUUCGUCGUACAAAGAGUUUCUGCCUGGGAGUGAGCUGUUGGUUGGCAAUUCGAAGUUCAGUGAGUAUCAACAUGGUAGAGCAUUGAGGGAAGAUGAGCCUGAGGAGGAAACACUUGAACAGGAUUACAAUACACUAGACGAUGAUAGAGCAACAGCCGGGGAAAAGCUUCCUGGAAAAGAAACAGGCCCACAUGUUUGCAAGAAGCCAGAGCAUGGCAGAGUAAGGCGGGGCAAUGUUCCUGAAAGAGAAACUGGUGCGCAAAGUUGCAAGUUGACAACGCUCAAACGAAAACGCAAAGGCAGGGCAUUACCUUGUUUGUCUGAGGUGCAGGAGGACAUCAAACAUGCAGUGGAUCUUCAGACCAUGCUUAUGAAGGAUCAUGAGAAGAUGUCAGAGGUACAGCUCCGUCUCUCCAAAGAGAAGCUUGAAUUUGCCAAACUAAAACAGCAGGAAGCAAAAGACAAGAAGGAAAGAACACUUCACAAGAAUUAUUCAGAGUUGUUGAUGGCUGACACCUCCAGGUUCAACGACUUCCAGAAGGGAGAGUAUGAAAAGGCGGUGAGGCGGAUGGGUGAGAUGCUAUUUGGUAAAGAUGAUAGCUAGCAUUCAUUUCGUAGGUUAUGUUAACUAGCAGUAAUGUAAUGUGGGUUGAUGUUGUUAUAUGUUGUGCGCCGGUUGAGGUCGCUUAGAUUCUCGGUUUAAGUACCUCUACCUCGAAGGUUCCAUCAUCCCUUGUUGGAUCUAGCUCACACUUGCUUUUCUAACGACCAACUUAUUUCAUGAUUGAUGAAUUUAACUUGUGGAAGCAUUGAAUUGUAAGCGCCCAACUUAUGACCAGCAGAGUAUUUCUUUAGGCA